UCCUUCGCUAGGGUCACUCAUUUUACAUACACUCUUUAUCUUACAACGCUCGCUAGUCGGUUGAUUCGACUCCACGCCCAUCAUGAAGAUGAAUCUGAUGAUCGCCACGGCCAUCUUGGCCUGGUGCGAAUCCGUUGACGCGGCGCCUCGUCCCCAGGUCCCCGGCCUCGUGCCUCUCGUUCUUGCUGCUGGUACGACCUCUGGUACGGCUGCUAGCCCGACCUCUGCUGACGCUGUUGUUCCAGGAGGUCUCGCCGUUGCGAAGCCCUUAGUACCUGGCAUCCCACUUCCACCUCUUCCUAUUCCUGGUCUACCUGGUGUACCCCCUGUCGCUCCCGGUCUGACUCUCCCGGCACCCGCGCCACUUGGUUUCCCACCAGUUCCCCUUCUCAUUCCGAACCUCCCCUCGCCUCUGCCCAAGCUCCCAGUAGUCGACCUGCCCAUCCCAGCCGUACCCAAGGUGCCAGGUCCAGGUGAUGUCCCUGCUCUUCCCAUUUCUCUUCCUCCCGUGGAUGCCGACUCCGUUGACUCCUACGUCAAGGUCGGCAAGAUCGUCCUCUCCAACAUCCUCAACCUCCUUUGGCAAGGCGCGAAAGCGGCAAAGAUCCCCGGCCUGGAGAUCCCCGCCAUCUCCGUCCCGGCUGUGCCUGUCAAGAACGCGACUCUUCCCGUUGUUGCGGCUCCUGCUCUGAAGAAGCGUCAGGUUGCUGUGUCUUCGUCGGCCAGACCGGCCACUGCGACACCUGCCGUGGGUCUCCCUCUCGUCGGCGGUCUUACCAGUGGCCUCACGAGCAACCUCCCCCUCGUCGGCGGCUUGACGAGCGGCUUGACUGGCGGGUCCUCGCCCCUCGCUGGUGUGACUAACACGGUCUCCGGUGUCACCGGCAGCCUCCCCGUCGUCGGCGGCUUGACGAGCGGCCUGACUGGCGGAUCCUCCCCCGUCUCUGGCGUACUUAACACAGUCUCCGGUGUUACGAACAGCCUUCCUGUCGUCGGUGGUCUUACCGGCGGCCUCACUGGCGGUGCUAGUGACCCCUUGAGCGCCGUCGGUGGUGUGGUUGGAACUGUUGCCAACACCGUAGGAAGCGUGCCCGUCGUAGGAGGUGCCGUUGCCCCAGUUUUAGGUGCCGUUGGUGGCUCGACCUCUGGUAACCCGCUCGGUGCAGUGGGAGGCGCUGUAUCUGGUGCACUAGGAACUGUUGGUCAAGUCGCUGGUAGCGUUCCCGUCGUCGGUGGAGCUGUCCAGGGUGCUGUAAAUACGGUCGGACAGGCUGUCAACAGCGCUCUGCUCGGCCCGUACCCCCUUAACCAGGGAGUUCCCGGAUCCGACCCUGUCGGUGGACUGUCUGUCUCCAUCAUUGCGACUCUGCUUAGUCUUUUGAAGAAGGACCCUCUGUCCCUCUUUGGUGGUGGCCUCGGUGGCAUCGGUGGUCUCAUCAAGCGCGACCUUCCAGCAUUGGCCGACCAACUCGAGAUCGAGAAGCGUUCGCUCUCUCAUGCACACAAGAAGCGCCAGCUGUCACUUCCUUCGCUUUCUACUGGCGUUCCAGGUGUUGGCGUCGGUGCCCUGCCCCUCAGCGGCGUUCCUGGCGUCUCCCCAGACAUCUCCUUCCUCGUCGGCUCCAUCGCCAAGAACAUCGCCGUCCCUGGCGGCAAGGGCCUCGGCAGCGUCACAGGCAACAUCCUCAGCGUGCUCAACGGCGUCGUCCCCAACUUUCUCUUCAAGCUGCCCGUCGUCCAGGACUCCGUUCCGACCUUCGGCUGCCUCCAGCUCCUCUCUUCCAUCAACCCAACCAAGUUUGGCUCACUCGCUGACCUCACCAACCUCGCUGCGCUCUCGACGGCUGCGAACGGCAUUUCUUCUGGCGAUCUCGCGUUCAUCAGGACGCUCCCCUCGACUGCUGAUCCGUCGAAUCUCAUUACCACUAUUACUACGCUUACUGACAACAUCCUCUCGCUUCCGGGCAACGUUGCCAACCUCAAGGCUGCGGUGGCGGUAUUGUGCCUGAAGAACCUCGGUCUCGCUGUUCCCGGCCUCUAAAUCACUCGUCUGCCUGUCUCUCCGGGUCUACUGACCUUGAAGAUGUGAAGGAGGCCUCAGAACCAGAAUCACUGGCUGACGUUAUGGACGGCGACGUGUAACUUCUACGGAGACGAUGGUUGUGGAUCAACUUAUCUUGCAUUAUCAUGCUGAGUUUCCUUGACUUGCCAUGAACGACAUUAGGUAGCUAGCUUU